CCUGCCCCUUCUCUCUCUCCAAAAAUUUCUGUCCUUUUUCUACGCCAAAUAAGACCAGCCCUUCGGGGGUCCCAAAGGCUCCAACGAUACCUCCAACGCUGUCCCUACAAAUCGCCUCCCUUCUCAGUGGUUCCGACGCCUGAGAGACGAGAGAGAUGGCCUUUUCCUCUCCGAAAUGCCCGUCUUCCCGGUUUGCCCUCCCCCCCUCUCCUGGGCCCAGAAGCCGGCGGGUGGCGGCGGCGGCUUACCCCUCCCCGUCCCGUGCUCCCCUUCCAAGGCGCUUCUUUUCGACGAGGAUUUCCUCCCAAUCGCCUAGAAAUCGGCACUGGAGGGUUGUUUCCAUGCACGAGGGAGCUGCAACUAUGCCUGUUUCCCCUGAAAAAGAAAUUGAUUUGAAGAAAGUGGAAAAUGGUGUAGCAUCAGCUAUAUCUGCAGAGGAGCAUCGAGAUUUAGCAGGCCUUAAUACUAGUAAGAAGGACUCUACCGUUAGUAUCACUGUAGUUGGAGCCUCUGGGGACCUUGCUAAGAAGAAGAUAUUUCCUGCACUAUUUGCACUUUAUUAUGAAGACUGCCUCCCCGAGCAUUUCACGGUUUUUGGCUAUGCUCGGAGUAAGAUGACAGAUGCUGAAUUAAGAAACAUGGUCAGCCGAACACUUACUUGCAGAAUAGAUAAAAGGGAGAAUUGUAGUGAAAAGAUGGAUCAGUUUUUAAGAAGAUGUUUUUACCAUUCAGGUCAAUAUGAUUCUGAGGAAAAUUUUGCAGAGCUAGACAAAAAGCUAAAAGAACAUGAGGCUGGAAGGCUUUCAAACCGUCUCUUCUAUCUAUCAAUACCUCCAAAUAUAUUUAUAGAUGUGGUAAAAUGUGCAAGCAAGUCAGCUUCUUCUGCAAAUGGCUGGACGAGGGUGAUAGUUGAGAAACCAUUCGGUCGGGAUUCUGAAUCUUCAGCUGCAUUGACACGGGGCCUGAAAGAGUACCUAGUGGAGGAGCAGAUUUUCCGAAUUGACCACUACUUGGGGAAGGAACUGGUUGAAAACCUAUCUGUUCUUCGCUUCUCAAAUCUUGUUUUCGAGCCUCUGUGGUCAAGACAGUAUAUAAGAAAUGUACAGUUAAUCUUUUCUGAAGACUUUGGCACUGAAGGACGGGGAGGGUACUUUGAUAACUAUGGUAUCAUCAGAGACAUCAUGCAGAAUCAUCUGCUUCAGAUAUUAGCAUUGUUUGCAAUGGAAACUCCUGUCAGCUUGGAUGCAGAGGAUAUCAGAAAUGAGAAGGUGAAAGUUCUCCGCUCUAUGAGGCCAUUGCAACUAGAAAAUGUGGUGAUAGGGCAAUACAAAAGCCACACAAAGGGUGGCGUUACAUACCCGGCAUACACAGAUGAUAAGACUGUUCCCAAGGACAGCCUGACUCCAACAUUUGCUGCUGCUGCCCUUUUCAUAGAUAAUGCAAGAUGGGAUGGAGUGCCAUUUCUUAUGAAGGCUGGAAAAGCAUUGCAUACUAAGCGAGCAGAGAUUAGAGUACAGUUCAGGCAUGUUCCUGGUAAUUUAUACAAGAGGAGUUUUGGGACAGACCUUGAUCGGGCUACAAAUGAGCUUGUGAUCCGGGUGCAACCUGAUGAGGCUAUCUACUUAAAAAUCAAUAACAAAAUCCCUGGUUUGGGGAUGAGGUUGGAUAGAAGUAAUCUGAAUCUGCACUAUGCAGCAAGGUAUUCAAAAGAGAUACCAGAUGCUUAUGAGAGGCUUCUGCUUGAUGCCAUCGAAGGGGAACGGAGGCUUUUCAUUCGCUCUGAUGAGCUGGAUGCUGCUUGGGCACUCUUCACUCCAUUGCUGAAAGAGUUGGAGGAGAAAAAGAUAGUUCCCGAGCUUUAUCCUUAUGGGAGCCGAGGGCCGGUUGGUGCACACUACCUUGCUUCCAAGUACAAUGUUAGGUGGGGCGAUCUCAGUUGUGAGCACUAGCAAAUAUGAUUCCUUGGAAAAUUAUAGUCUAAAGGUUGUAAUUGUAUCCCAGAAAGUGUGGAGAUGGGUGCAAAUGUAGGAGAAUAAGGUGAGAAAAAUCUUUUUUACAAGGAACAGGCUGUGUUUGUUAUGUAUCGUUUAAGAUGGCAUGGAAAUUUAAUCCUUCUUAUAAAAUUUACAUGCCAAUCUUGUACCAAUAGGGAAUUUUAAGGUUGCUAAAGAUCGAGACUAGUAAUUCCUUGGAAAAUUGCCAAAUAAGUUAUGUUGCAUCCGACAGCAGGAGUAUGGAGGGAGUCUGAUCAUUUCUUUUGGACUGCA